AUGGAUACAUUCACGUUUGCGAGUGCAUCCGAGGUCAAGACCAGUGUCAGCGUCAAGGUAGGCCGACUCGAGGGCGUUGAGAAGGCUUUGGCCUACUCUGCUCUGCUCCGCCAGCCCGAACUGCGCCAUCGAGGUUCCAAUCUGAGUCCGACAUCCGAGCUCUAUGUGACCGCUCAGGUCUUUGCCGACAGCAAGCCCUUGACCGUACAUGCCCAGACUCCGUACAAGACUUUCAAGAACUCUCGCACCUGGAACGAGUGGCUACAUCUACCCAUCGACUACGCUCUCCUGCCGCUCAAUGCACAACUCGCGAUCACCGUCUGGGACCUCUCCCCUGCCGGCACUCACGGCGCAAGGGGCCACCACAUACCCUUUGGCGGCACCACCAUCCCACUUUUCGAUCAUGACGGCACACUGAGGAAAGGAAGACAGAAGUGCCGUCUUUGGAGGCACAAACAGGCCGAUGCCUUCUCGAGCUCGACUACUCCAUGGACCCCCACUACUGAGCGCCGCCGUCGCAGCCAGGACAACAUUCAACUCUUUGCCAACGACAAGCAUAGUCAGAGGGCUGCUGAGCUUGAACGACUCCAAGGGCUUCUGAAAAAGCAUGAGAUGGGUGAACUGUCAGAGCACAAAUGGCUGGAUCAAAUGGUCUUCCGCCAGAUCGAGAAGAUGGAGCGAGCAAACAUCCGCGACGACUCCAAGAUACACGUCCAACCAACCCAUCAUCACGCGCAGGACGCUUCCGCAAUCUUCUACCUCUACAUCGAGUUCCCCCGCUUUGAUCACCCUGUUGUUUUUACCGACCAUGAAUACCCGCCCCCUCCAGUCUCGAGUGCUCGCCUGCGUACUGCUGCCGGCUCAGACGUUCGGCUCAAACCCCCGCCUGAGAUACGUGUCGGCCCAGGCAUCGACUCAAAGAACCUAGGCUACGGUGACGCUCACGCCCCGCAUAUGCUACGCAUUUACGACCCUGAAGUCGGCUUCUAUGACAACCCUGCAGAGAUCAAACACCGUAGUCUGGUUCGGAAUCAACGCAUUGGCAUGCUCGAUCGACAUCUCAAGCCGAACCCCAAGACCAGAGAUCAGCUCAACCACAUCCUGUCAUGUGGCCCUACUACAGAUCUGAGCGCAGAGGAAAGAGACAAGGUCUUCAAGUUCAGACAUUACCUGACCCGAGAUAAGCGUGCGCUCACCAAGCUGAUCAAAUCGACUUCUUGGACCGACGCAAACGAGGUACGUCAAGUCAUUCAGCUGCUCCCUAAGUGGGAGGAGAUUGACAUCGACGAUGCACUUGAGCUGCUGGGUCCUUCCUUUGACAACAAGGAAGUCCGCGCAUACGCUGUAGACCGCUUGCGUAAGGCAGACGACGAAGAGCUGCUUCUGUACCUCCUGCAGCUCGUCCAAGCUCUGAAGUUCGAACCCGAGGUCAAAUCCAAUUCGGACUUCGAUCAAUACGACUCGUCUCUCGCCAGCUUCCUUGUCGCCCGCUCCGCUGCCAACAUAUUCCUCGGCAACUACUUGCACUGGUAUCUGAUGGUUGAGUUGGACGAGAGCUCCAACGAUGCGCAGGCAGCCACAUUCAAAAAGCUUUAUGCUCGUGUGUCGUACGACUUUAUGCAGGAACUUGAAAGGACUCCUGAAGGGCAAGCACGUCGCAGGACUUUGUUGCGCCAGGGCGAAUUCGUCACGGUGUUAUCCCAGCUUUGUGACGAUGCACGGAACAAAACUCUUGACCGCACCCGCAAAAUCGACAAGCUCAAGAAAUCUCUCAUGGACCCCAAGAACGAUCUCGUCAAGAUUGAUCCUCCUCUUCCCUUGCCCCUCGACCCCAAUGUCCAGAUUGUCGGUGCAGUACCAGAUAACGUGAACAUAUUCAAAUCGACAUUGUCGCCGCUAUUACUACACUUCAAGACCACCAAGGGAGACAUCUAUCCUUUCAUCUUCAAGGUUGGUGAUAACUUGCGACAAGAUCAACUGGUGAUCCAGAUCAUUACCUUAAUGGACCAGCUGCUGUUGAAAGAGAACCUCAAUCUUCAGCUCUCGCCAUAUCGUAUUCUGGCAACGGGCGCGCUAGCUGGCGCGGUUCAAUUCGUGCCUUCAAAUCCUCUUUCUACCAUUCUAGGAAACGCCAAAUACAACAACUCGAUCCUUGGUUAUCUGCGUGAGCAUAAUCCGGACGGUUCAGCGCCUAUGGGAGUUCGAAAAGAGGUUAUGGACACAUAUGUCAAAUCUUUGGCAGGGUACUGUGUUAUCACGUAUUUGCUGGGUGUUGGCGAUCGCCAUAUGGACAAUCUACUUCUCGCCCCCGACGGUCACUUCUUCCAUGCCGACUUUGGCUACAUCUUGGGCCGUGAUCCCAAGCCUCUUGCGCCCAGCAUGAGGCUCAGCGCGGAAAUGAUUGACGGAUUGGGUGGCAGCCCCGAUCGAAAUCCGAGCAACCCUGACAGCAGAUUCGACGAAUUCAAGCAAUACUGCUUCACCGCUUUCACCACGCUGCGCCGCUCGUCUAACCUCAUACUGAACCUCUUUGCACUUAUGCAAGAUGCAAACAUUCCCGAUAUCAAGCUCGCUGGGGACCAAGCGGUCAAGAAGGUCGAAGAGAGGUUCUGCCUGCAGCUCAGUGAAGAAGAAGCCAUCACUUUCUUUGACAAUCUCAUUAGCAGAUCGUUUGAGGCCUGGGGCCCAGUCCUUAUCGAUGGUAUCCACGACUUUAUGCAACGUAUAAAGGCGUGA